UGUAGGCCAACAAUGAGAACAUUUUUAAUUGAGUAAAAGGAUCCUUCCCCGGCUUUCACGUAGUAUCGCGAUGUCACGCACAGGGAAGUGACGUUGACGCGAGGUGUCUUCGAUUUGAUAGGCCAGUGAUUAUUACCGGAUAUUACAUUUUACUGUGUAUGGAUUUUCCGCGCCAAAUGGGCAGUCCGCUGUCAUUUUAAAUCUCCGCAAUUGACGGCGAGAAGUUUUUAAAUAUUCUUCUAUUAAUAAUUACAGUUUAUUGUAUUUUAACAAUGUCCGUGACACUGGUGACUCUGCUGCUGAUCUUACAGUUGUUUUAUGCCGGAACUCAUCCCACUUGCCCGUUUCCGACGAUAGAGGCAGUCGAAGACGAUGAUGUCGCUCUACAGUGUCGCCUGGACAACUUGUCCGCCCGCACCUUGGAUGUGGCGAGAGCUGUCCGCGGUACCUAUGGCGACGUCUGCUCCUAUCGGAAAAGAAAGGACCGGAUGGAUCGAUGCGGAGGCUUCGUAGCGCUGCUGUCCCACGGUGGGGAGUACAAAGUCUUUCUCCAAAAGCUGCGAGCCCGUUCUGUUGUUAGCAUCCCUGAUGUAUCCAAAAACCACCAGAACGGGACAAAGACCGUACCUCCAGUGGAAGAAGUGACCGAGUCAAACAGUCGUGGGGGGGGGAACGGGAAGGCUGCCCGCAGCCGCAUCGUUCCCGCGGUGGUCUUCAUUCUCGGCGGCGUCCUCGUCGUGGUUCUGGUGAACACGUGGAAGGAUGCACCCUCUCUGAGAUCCACCACGCCCACCCUCGCUCACAACUUCGCCGAAACUCUGCCGAUAGAGAUGAGCGCGAAGAUCUUCGGCAUGUUGGACGCGGAGAGCCUGUCCAGCGCCGCGCGCACCUGCCGGCUGUGGCACUACAUCAUCGCGGAGAGCGAGCAGGUGAGCGUGCAACGCUACCACGCCGCGGCCGAGAGACGUGCGUCGGCACACGUACGUAACCCACGGCGUAGAUUUUACACAGAAGUACAAAUCGAGCUUUAGGAGGCAAACGCAGCGCUUUCACCCAGGAGACCGGACGGUUACCGUCUCUGGUUUAGGCCUGAAACGAUUCCUCGAAUAAUUCGAUUACAAAAAAAUCCUCGAUUCAAAAUGACUUUCCUCGAAGCUUCAUUAAAUCAACGUUACCAACGUUGUAUCGCUGACGGACGGUGUUUCCGCACGGAGCAUUUUUACUGUCGCACAGACGCGGCUCAGU